GCCUGCAGCGACCUCUGCGACGUACAGCGGCCGCACUUCGAGGCUUGCUUUGCCGUGCGGCGACAACAAUUGGACAUUUCCUUCCUUAAUAAAAGCGACUCUGGAAGUCUGGACUUGCAACUGUACGGGGACCCUGCGACGAACGCCUCGACGCCCUUCCUGCGUCCUGCACUUCCGACAGUCCCUCUUCCCUUCACCGUGAACGCACUUCACCCUUCAAUUCCGAUAAAGACUCUUUCCUUCCCAGCAAACUCCUUGCACCAUGCAAAUCAUUUAAAACCCGCAGCACAGGAUGUCAGUGCAGCCAAUUUGCAUCCAAUAUUUAAUCUCCUACAUGACAAGUUUGUCAGAAUACCUUCAUUCGUUGCUGGUGCGCAUCCGAACACAAAUUUAGCAACGUAUCCCCAUGUUAUAUAUAAGUGUUCUCCAACCCUGACAGGACAAGUAGCACCCAGUGUCCUAGAGACUACAGAGUCAAGUCAUAUUCGUUUUAACACAAAAGACUUACUUAAGUCGGCUAACAUGCCGGUGAGAAGCGACAAUACAUUAGAUCGUUUAAAAGUAACUUUGACCGAAAUACUCAACAAUUUGAUGGAGGGGGAUAAGUCGAUCGGCAGGUCUCAUGCAAGUAAUUUCGAAACCGGAAAAUAUCCUUCCAUAACGUAUCGCUGUGUUCCUUCAUCGGGAGAUGAAGUCGACUUGAGUUUUCCCGAAAAUGUUACGAAAGGCCAGAAAAAAUCAGGUUCUUAUUUAGCUGCGCUUACUAGUGACUUACUCGCUAUCGGUCGUGUUUCAACGCUCAAUGCCACACAUUCUAAUCCAAGCGAAUUUAGCUCCAAUGCUGUGGAUGAAACCAACUCAGUCGGAGGAGCGUCGGCAUACGAUAAGAAAGCAAGUAUCUCCACAUACAAUGAAAUAAAGGCUGAUGAAACUGUCGGGAAUGCGACACUAAGCGAAGUUAUAGUUUCCCGCGUUACUAUUCAACCUGGCGAUGACGUCACCGCUACGACUUACCGACCUUAUCUCUCAGACUUGAUGAAGUUGCUGCUGAACUCGACUAACUCGAGCGGUGCACCAUGCCCUCCUCUCUUCACCCCCGUCGGCAACACCUGUCUGGCCGUCAUUCCUUACUUGAUGACGUGGCAGGAGGCGGGGGGUGUGUGUGAGAGACUGGGAGGGCAGCUGGCAGAGGCCAGGGACGCGAACAUUCUGACGGAGAUCGCAAAAUUCCUCAAGCGCAUUGGGAUUUCUGCCGACUUUUGGAUAGGAGGAUUUUUUGACGACGUUGCGGACGCUUGGAUGUGGCGGAGCGGCAGCAAGAUGAUCAUGUCGACGCCAUUUUGGGGGUACAAGUACAGAAGUGAGUGCAAUGGGACGGCCGGCCACGGCUACAGUCCAGCGCGUUACAAUCCGUCCUGCAGUCACGCCCAGCAAGCUCCCCACAACAGCACCAGGGGCUUCUGUGCCUCACUAGACACCCAGUUCUUCUAUUUCAUUACCGACCAUCCGUGUGAACACGGCCGCAAGGCCUUGUGCUCACAUGAGCGCGUGUGGUGAUGCUGGUGGAGCCACAUGAGCGCGUGUGGUGAUGCUGGUGGAGCCACAUGAGCGCGUGUGGUGAUGCUGGUGGAGCCACAUGAGCGCGGGUGGUUAAUACUAUUUUCCAGUAUUUUUUAUUUAAGCACGAACUAUAAGCGGAAAUAGCAAUUAAUGUGAUUUCUAAGUGACCACCAAAUGAUGUAAAUGAUCAGCCAUUGUCGUGGGGCAAGAAAGAGUGAAUACGAGCGCAGACUUCGACUAGACGAGUGAAUUUUCAGAGCUUGGUAAAUAUCAUCGUAUAACUAAGUAAUAUUACAAUUAGUAAAAUAUCUCGUACUGGAAACAGCUUGGGCAUUCUGAACCAAGCUGAGAAUAAUUUGAAUGUGUUUAAAAGCUAUCUAAUUUGCUAAUACCUUCGUUUCAUCAAUGACAUCGGCAGAUAUAAUGUUAAAAUGUGUAAAUUAUUUCCUAAGUGAAUUAUAAAAUAAAAAUAAAUUGCAAUUUUUGAAAGAACGAAAAAUUAAUCGGAGAAUCUUUUUGUGAUUAUAGUUACCAGAUUUGAAGGUGAAAAAAUAUUUGUUCAGUAAUGAUAUAAGGUAAUAUUGAUUCACUUUAUCCUUGGCUUAGUGAGGCUGGCAGCGGCAGUAUGAAGAAAAUUUUAUGUCAUAAUCAAGAGAGGAUUUUUCAGUGAAAUGUUUCAAUUUUACCGCGAUCAAUAUCAUUAGAGAUGAUUUUAUUACAUUUCUUGAUAGCUUGAAUUUAUUGAAUAGUUUUAUUCAGUAAAAUGUGGCAAACUCGAUGAUGAGUCUCACAGCGCCUAUGUCGAGUUAUUAUUACGAAUAAAUCCAUUCUUCACUAACUCGGUUGAUCAAGUAUCUGGGAGCUAACAUUGUUCAACAGUAGGCAUUUGAUAAUUCUGAGUUUGAAGACUUCUAUUAUGCUAAGGCUCGUCCGUAAGACAAUUUUUCGUAAUUUAACUCGAAUUACUCAUAUUUGAAUUAAAAAUUCAAAUUAUAUAAAAUUAAAUAUUCAAAUCAUAUACGACAAACGUGCCGGCACUAAUUAUAUUAGCAGUCUUAACUCCUCACAGUAAAUGGGCGAUUGAGAUCAUUCACUAGGUCAUACUAGACCGCAUAUGUACAAAUACUCGGUGAUGUUUUUAGGAUAUAUUAAUGUAGGUCUCACGAAAUUUCUCGUGAAGUACAAUCCAUAUAUAUAUAAACAAUUCGUUUUUAAUUCACUUUAUUUUCGGUCUUACCGUUGUGCUGUUUAGCCUCGGACUGACCUCCUGGACAAAAAC